AUGCCUCAGAUCACGGAAAUCUUCUUGGACUGUGACAACACCUUGGUCCUCUCGGAAGAGCUGGCCUUCGAGGCCUGUGCCGAUCUUGCCAAUGAAAUCCUCGAGAAGAAGGGCCUUCCCGAUCGCUACACAGGCGAACAACUCAUCAAGGACUUUGUCGGUCAGAACUUCCGCGGCAUGAUGCUCUCCCUGCAGGACAAAUACAACUUCAAGUUGGAGCCCGAUGAGCUUGAGGCCUAUGUCAAGAAGGAGGAAGACAAGGUGAUUGCCAAGCUGGAAGCCAAGGCCAAACCUUGCGUUGGCGCUACCGAGGAAUUGAUCAAGCUCUACGAGUCGAAGAAAUACGGUCUGGCUGUGGUCUCAUCCUCUGCUUUGCGUCGGGUACAAGCCUCUAUCAAGAAGGUUGGCCAGGACCAAUACUUUGAUGCCGACAGGGUAUUCAGCGCAGCUAGCUCCCUCCCCAAGCCCACGUCUAAGCCUGACCCUGCCAUCUACCUGCAUGCGCUGGACUAUGUGAAGAAGACUGCUGGCGAGACUGUUGCAGUUGAGGACAGCAAAUCGGGUGCCCUUGCUGCUAUCCGUGCCGGUAUCUGGACGAUCGGGUAUGUCGGCAGCUACAACGGCAAGGAAAUGCAGGAGGAGAUGAGCGCCCGCCUGAUGGAUCUUGGAGUGCACAUCAUCAUGAAUGACUGGGCUGAGUUUGAGAGAUGCAUGACAUUCGUCGAGAACUUGCCUCCCAAGACAGAUCCUCAGUCCAGCCUGUGA